UUUCGCAGCUUAGAGUCUUGAUCAAGUGGGUGAAGGUAAUUCGGAAAGUCAAAUUAUAUCAAUUGGUACAGGCCAGACUUGCUUGCAAGACAGUUUACUUUCUGCAACAUCAACCUGCUGAAACGUUUGUUGUGAUGUAGCCUUCAGUGAAGUUUUUUGUUUUUGUAAAGUGACGUUUGAAUCGUAGCCAACUUUAGCGUAGGCCUAAUAAUACAAAACUGGUUUUGGAUGGAUUGGCGUCUUUUGAAUGCAGCCCCUUUCCAACCCAACGAAAAACGACACACACGAAGUUAGACCGUGUAAUGAUUCUGGUGAGACGUGCUCAACUCUGGAAGGCAAAGGUAGGUCGCAGAAAAGGAAAUUAGAGGUUAGCGUGCUUGAUACUACUUCGGAGACAGGUUGCAGCAGUGACAACUUGAGAAGUGGCAAAAAGUGUCGUGUGGACGACAUCAUGGAACGAGGAGGUAACAAUGGCCACUCGCCCAAUAACGGGAUAAUUACACCUAUGAAUAACCAAAUGAGACAGAAUUCUUCUCGAACUAAUCAUUUUCAUCAGACAGGAAAGCUUAAUAACACGGCCACCGGGUAUGGCGUAAAACCUUCCCAGACAAAGAAGUUAGUAAUCAAGAACUUCAAAGAAAAGCCAAAUCUUCCAGACAACUAUAAGGAAUUGACAUGGGAAAAGCUGAAAGAAGCCGUUCAUGCAAUACAUGCUAGCAAGUCUAUUUCAUCAAGUUUAGAAGAACUUUACAAAGCUGUUCAAAAUUUGUGCUCCCAAAAGAUGUCACAGUUGCUCUAUGAAAAACUGAAAGAUGUCUGUGAAUCACAUGUCAAGUCAAAUAUCAACCAGUUUAUAAGUGGUGCGACUGACAACGUUGUUUUCUGUGAUCGACUGAAUACAUGUUGGGAAAAUCAUUGCAGGCAAAUGAUUAUGAUCCGAAGUAUUUUCUUGUAUCUUGAUCGAACAUACGUUCUACAGAGCCCCUCUAUUCUUUCAAUUUGGGACAUAGGAUUGAAUUUGUUUAGAACACACGUCAUGAGCAAUACUAUUGUCCAAUCAAAGACCGUUGAUGGCCUGCUUCAUUUUGUUGAAAUGGAGAGGAAUGGCGAAUCAGUGGAUAGGAGCCUCCUAAAAAGCUUGUUGCGCAUGCUUGCCGAUCUACAGAUGUACGAAGAUGUCUUCGAGAAGAGGUUUCUGGUGGCAACAGAGAAUCUCUACGCCGCCGAGGGCCAGAAGUAUAUGCAGGAUAAUGAUGUGCCUGAGUAUUUGGCUCGCGUCGAUCGUAGAUUGAAGGAAGAAUCAGAUCGAUUGCUGCAUUACUUAGACUCAUCCACAAGAAAGCCACUUAUUAGCUGUGUGGAAAAGCAGCUCCUUGGCCUCCAUCUCUCAAACAUUCUUCAAAAGGGAUUUGAUAACUUACUUGACGAAAACCGAGUUUCUGACUUAGCUCUUAUGUACCAGUUGUUUUCAAGAGUAAAAGCUGGCCUAGAAGAACUAUACAAAUACUUCGGUGCUUACAUCAAGGCAAGAGGUGCGGCGAUUGUAAUAAAUCCGGAAAAAGAUAAAACUAUGGUGCAAGAAUUGCUGAAUUUUAAAGAGAAGCUCGACAACAUAAUCGAAGAAGCAUUUGCGAAAAACGAGAAAUUCGUUAACACAAUGAAGGACGCCUUCGAAAGUUUUAUCAACAAGAGGCCAAACAAACCUGCCGAACUUAUUGCUAAAUUUGUAGAUACAAAACUCCGAGCUGGAAACAAGGAGUCAACAGAAGAGGAACUUGAAAGACUUCUUGACAAAAUCAUGGUUCUUUUUAGAUUUAUUCAAGGAAAGGAUGUGUUUGAGGCAUUCUACAAAAAGGAUUUAGCAAAGAGACUGCUUGUGGGUAAAAGCGCCUCAGUGGAUGCUGAAAAGUCGAUGCUUUCAAAGUUAAAGCAAGAAUGUGGUGCUGCUUUCACUAGCAAAUUAGAGGGAAUGUUCAAGGAUAUGGAGUUGUCCAAAGACAUCAUGUCAAGCUUUAAGCAGUACUUACAGAGUCAACCAGGCGCAACCCCUAUCGAUCUUACUGUUAAUAUUCUCACAAUGGGCUACUGGCCAACCUACACACCAGCAGAUGUUCAUCUUUCUUCAGAGAUGGUUAAAUUGCAAGAGAAUUUCAAAAAUUUCUACCUAAGCAAGUAUGUGGGAAGGAAAUUACAAUGGCAGACCACCUUAGGCCACUGCGUUGUAAAAGCUUCAUUUCCAUCGGGGGAUAAGGAGCUUAACGUUUCGUUAUUUCAAACGUUAUGUUUGCUGCUAUUUAACGACGGAGAUGGUUUUACUCUUGAUUAUAUAAAACAAGCCACCGGAAUAGACGAUUCUGAAUUGCGAAGGACACUGCAGUCAUUAGCAGUUGGGAAAGCCAGGGUGUUAAGAAAAAAACCAAUGGGUAAAGAAAUUGAGGAUAAUGAUGUGUUUUACUUCAAGAAAGAUUUCAGUCAUAGACUCAUUCGAAUAAAGAUCAAUCAAAUACAACUGAAAGAAACGCCUGAAGAAAAUAUUAACACAACGGAAAAGGUUUUCCAGGACAGACAAUACCAGGUUGAUGCGGCAGUAGUACGAAUAAUGAAGACAAGAAAGACUCUAACACAUAACUUGUUGCUUGCUGAACUUUAUAACCAACUGAAAUUCCCUGUAAAGCCUGCUGACGUCAAGAAGCGAAUCGAAAGUCUGAUCGAUAGGGAUUACAUGGAACGAGACAAGGACAAUCCGAACCAAUACCACUACGUUGCCUGAAGAGAUUUAUUACCACAUUAUCGUACCGCAUAUUUCACAGAAUUGCUCCCGGUUCGUUUCCGAUUUAAGCUGUCUUUGCAUGUGUUCUGGUCAACGCGGGAAAAGAAGUGCUUCUUUCGUGUGUAUGCCAAGCUCUCUCAUGGUCGGAGAAGUGUCAUUAUUUUGGUAUAAUCUGCAGAAAGCUAUGCUGUUGCAGAAAGUGUUUGAUAGCCCAGACUGAAUUCGUCAACCAUCAAUACUUAAAUGUCGUUAUGAAUGGGUAUAGUAAGGACAUUGCUAAUGUAGUUCCGGGUUGGUUUAAUGAUCAUGUGGUACAAUCCUGGGCACUUGAGACAAAGCCUUUCACAGUUAGAAUGUAUUCAUGUUUGUAGCAGGUAUUUUCGUAUUGAAGAGAGAAAGAGGAAUGCAAAGUCUGACCGCCGUCUAACUAGGUUUUUGUAAAUACACGGUUUAAGUUAACACCCCUUCUGAACCACCCAAAGAACGUAAAGGCUGGGGAGAGUUCAGCGCAUGGUUAGCCAAGCCUUCAGAAGGAACCCCUAUUUUAUACACAAUCCCUAACAACUUAGCCGGGUUUUUAGGCACUAGGACAAGGGCUAAACAUUCCUUGAACUUACAAAUUGGGAUAGCACUUCCCCCCUGUCUUUACGAUACCAAUUUUGAAGAUUUUGUUGCUGUCCAAUCGUUUUUUGCAUAACGAGAACCAUAUUAAAUGUUUCACUGAUGCUAAAACUGCAUGCUUGAUUGUUCAAGCAAAGCAUCUUUCUCAAGGGAACGGCUUUGCUUGUUUUGCAUCUAUAGGUAUUUCCUUGUGGACCCAAAUUUAGUUUCAUUUAAAAUCCCAUUGCCUGGCUUGUUGGAGCGUUUAUUUUUUAAGGUAGCAUCAAAAUUGUCCCAUCUGAAUUGAAAUCCCAUCUGUAUCAUUUAAAUGUUUUCUCGAUUGGUUAAGUUGCUUUUAAAGAUGAAAAGGUUUUAUAACUGAAAACAUUUA